AUGAUAGUCAUUAUUAAUAUUCAGUCUCUUAGAAUCAAACUAAAUUCACACUUCCUGAGUUAUUUCUUCCAGUAUUUAUACAUGUGUAUUCCAUUUUUAUCAAUAUUCUUUUUCAAUUUUUCCACUUCAUCCCAUUGGUUGCUUUUCACUUCAUUUUACCUCUUGUCAACUUCUUUUCUUAUCCCUUUUCUUCUUGUUGGCUUCUUUCAUCAUACCUUUUCCUCCUGUCGGCUUGUUUUUUCAUGCUUUUUCCUCCUGUUGCUCUCUUUCCUCGUCCCUCAUUGUCUCUUUCUCAUCCUUUUUCCCACUAGUCAGUUUCUUUUCUUAUCCUUUUUCUUUCUUGUUGGCUUCUUUUCUCAUCCUUUUUCCCUAUUGACGUUUUUCUAUUUAUUCAUCUAUCUUUCUUUUUUAUGCUUUCUACUUUUACCACCUGUUUUUUUUCCCUUUCCUUACCCACUUUGUUCUCUUCUAAAACUGAAAUUUGUAAAGCAAUGCUUCAAGCCAUUUUCAGCUGAUGUCAUUGAUGAUGGUGUAUAUAAAAAACUUUGUGUGGAGACUGCUCAGUAUAAGGCUGAUCUGAUAUCAAAAGUUGACCUGAGGAAAAGACGAUUGAGCACGGGACUAUACCCAGAUCUCCAGAGACGUAUAAAACUUCCAGAGGCUUCUUUGAAAAAAGCUAUUAUCCAAGCUGCUCGAAUGUUGGAAGAGUUCUAUCCUUAUCAUGUUCUACAGCGCUUACCAAUAUCUGAAAAAGAAUUUUGGGAAAAGCAACAACUUGAUGUGAAUGAUUGGAAAGGUUUAGCAUGUAAGAAACUUACAGAAAUCUUCUCCAAAAAUUUUCUGGUACCACUUGAAGAAACUGAUAAUCACUUUGAAUUGAAGGUUGAUCAUAUUAACUUUAGUCGGUACACAGACAUGUUGAAAUAUGCAGAAUAUCAUGAUGACUUGGACUUAAUUACUGAAAUGCAUAUUCCAGUAGCUGAUGUAAAUAUUCGGCCUCCAUUUUUGGAUUCUGGUUUCUUUAAUCCAAAUCAACGACUGAUACCAACAGCAAGAUGGGAUACACCUCGGGAGCGGAUGUGCCCUUGGAAACAGGACCAUGUGCCACAUGUAUUUGACAAGUUAGAAAUUCCUCUGCCAGUACCACAUCCUGCCAGCAUUGCAUUGGCUAUCUACAAUAGAGAAAAUGAUCAGGAUCCAAUAAAUUUUGAAGACAUUUAUUGCCAACGAAUUAUCAAAGCUACUAAGGAAGUACCAUAUGUAGAUGUGGGAGAUCCUUCAUCACCGGAACUCUUUGAAAUGGAGCCAAGCACCCCAGACAAUGGUACCUAUGGAGAGCCGAUUAAUCUGAUGUCCCAUCUGGCCCAGCAAGAGGCCUCGUAUUUCUCCGAUGACAAUGUGGGGGGUGGCACGGGCACUAACAGCCCUGCACUGGAAAGCAAUAUGAAUGCAUCAAUGCAAAACAGCUCAGUAGAUGAAGCAGAUAGCAAAGAGGAUCAGGCUGAGGGCCACAUUGUCUACGAAGAGAACGAACGGGACAGCAGUUGUAUUAUUGAGUUGAGGGACACGGGCAACAGAUGA